AUGGACGUGCACAGUCGGUGCUGGCUCCACGUUGAACACUCCGCCUCUUUCAGCUUUGACGCCGAAAACCCCAUCAAAGUAGAAUCCAUUCAUGUCAGGCUCACUUUGAAGACUGGGAACGAGGAAGGUAUAAUGCCGAGAGGAGGAGGGGAAGCUAAAACGUCCGAAAUGAAAUGUGUUCUUUGGGCAAAAUGUGUGCCCACAAUUACUGUUGCUGACAAAUUGUUUUGUGACCAGCCACCAUUUAUUGUGGCAUCAUUUCUUUUGGGUCCGGAAGGAGUCGCAACAGCAACAUCUCUCAGUUGGGAAAUAGGGGAGAACGUUAGCGUUUCCAUGUGCCUUACAGGACUCACUGAAACACCGGAGUUCUUUUUGACACCGAGUGAAGAGGCACUUUUAUGCCAAACAAACAUGAAUAAUGCUAUGGAACCUGUAAAGGAGGCAAAUACCUCACCACAUCUUGAAUUGGAGUCUAUUUACAACGUUACCAUCACUUUUGCCGGUGUCAAGGCGAAUUGGGGGUUUCAACAGUCGAUAUGGCAGCCAUUGCUUUGUUUUCGUUGGUUUGAAUUACAGGGACAUAUUCGUGAGGCAACGGUUCCAUCCUUACCACUUGAAAAGCGAGGAAAGAGGCUUAACGAUACGAGGGCAACAAAGAGGCGGAUGAUCACCGGUGAUAUAAAGGAGGCUUCUGCUGUUUCUUCUUGUGGAAAUUAUGUUUUGUGGCGAGAUGGUACUUUGGGACUGCGGCAGGAAUUAGUACCUUAUCACAGAGUGUACACCCCAGCGAACGCAGAAAAGCGUGUUCGAGUUCGUAGGUUCCCGCAUCGAUUUGCAGACAUUGUGGGUGAGAUUCCCUUUGGGAGUUCGGUUGAGGCCAUUGGCCGUCAGGUGGAUGGAUACACAAAUGAGACAUACGUCUUGGUGAUACUUUUAGGAGCACCCGAUGCGGCGACUGUGGCAGAGACCUAUAAUCUGCAGUGUAUCGAGCCUAACAAGUGGAUAUGGGGUUGGUCAAAAAUUUCCUCAAGAAGCGGGCUCUUACUCUUAGUGGAGGUGACGGACACUGCAAGGUCCUCUUUGCCUGAUUAUGGGCGCGUGGAGCGGCUAGGGGAGCCAACGUACUAUACCUCCGUUCGUGAGGAGCGUAGUGUUCGCAUCCGCAGCGGGCCUUCACUAAGCGCCGACGUUGUGAAGCAUCUUGAACCAAACGAAGUGAAGGUGGCAGUCGCCAUUCACCAUUUUACUAGUAUUAAUGAUGAUAGUUCAGUGAGGCUGUUGCAACAAUUUGUGGAAUGGGAGGAAGGUGGCUUUUCUCUUCUCCGUAAUAAUGAUCGAGUGUAUCUGGUACCGGUGCAUCUCCAACAGCAGCCACGCCACUUCCCUGUUUGCCCCCGCCCGGCACCAAAUUCGCCUGAAAUAAUUCCGCUGCAUCGAAAACGCUGCCGUACCGUAUCGCCCGCGAAUAAUCGAAAAAGACCGGAUACAGGAACUACACCACCACCGGAUCUUUGGAGUCCUGCGGACAUUCCAGAGACGCUUGCUGCGGGGUUAAAGAAGGGAUCUGUUCGAUUAGAGGAAUUACCGAAAAUUAACCUCAAUGGGAGCCCUACCCAUUCGUCAGCCUCUUCGAAUUCUUAA